CUCCACAACGAUCCAGCAAUCCCGCUCAGAAGUCAAUCACGAUCGUGACCCAAACCACCAAUCUAUACCACCAAACUCCAUCAAACAAACUCCAUACCAAACAGGCCACCAUGGCCGCCCUCUCCCACCACCACCUCUCCUCCACCGCCCCCUUCGCCUUCCAACAAGCACCCCCGCAAAACCACUCCGGCGAGCCCACCCAACACGCCUUCUACCCCUACACCGACAACGGCGGCUCUACCCUCGGCAUCAGCGGCAAAACCUUCACCGUCAUCGCGGGCGACACCCGCAGCACCUCCGGCUACAACAUCAACACCCGCUACGCGCCCAAACUCUACCCCAUCGGCGGCCAAGGCCCGACGCACAAGGGGAGUAAGAUUGUAUUGUCGGUGGUGGGGUUUGCGGCGGAUGGACGGGCGCUGCAGGAACGGCUCGAUACGGUGGUGAAGAUGUAUCGGUAUCAGCAUGGGUGUGAGAUUAGUGUCAAGGCGUGCGCGCAGAGGCUGAGUCAUAUUUUGUACAACAAGCGCUUCUUUCCUUACUACGUCCAGGCGAUAUUGGGAGGGAUUGAUGAGGAGACGGGGGAAGGUGCGCUGUACUCGUACGAUCCCGUCGGGAGCUACGAGCGGGAGUACUGUCGUGCGGCGGGCGCGGCGGCGAGUUUGAUCAUGCCGUUCCUCGACAACCAGGUGAAUCUCAAGAACCAGUACGAACCUGCGGCGGUGUCAGGGUUCGACAAGAAGCAGCUUGUCCCCCAACCGCUCGAGCGACCGCAGGUGGAGGAGUUGGUGCGGGAUGCGUUUACGAGUGCGGUGGAGAGGCAUAUUGAAGUCGGUGAUGGGCUGCAGAUGAUGUUUAUCACGAAGGAGGGAAUCGAGGAGGUGUAUUUCCCGCUUAAGAAGGAUUGA